AUGACAGAAGAUAACUAUGCGUUUAGAGUAAAGACUUUGAAUGAGGAACAACUACAGUUUCUAAAAAUUGUUUGGUUACAUCUGCUGAAAUUCUGGGGAAUCAAAGUGGAUGAAAGGCCUUUACUAAAUGACUCGGGAUGUAGUGGGAGGAAGAGAGCUACCAGUCUGGCAGCCCAUGAAUUAAAAACAAACAGACCCAGAUCGAGGUCAACUAUAUUCAAGAUUCAUUCCUCGGUGGAGGAAAAUGAAGGAGAGGGUAUAUCUGAUUUUGAGCUCCAUGAAGCACUCAAAAACUCAAACCCAGAUGAUACUAGAGAAGAAUUCUGGAAUAUGAUUAGGGCUGAUUUUCCAGAUAGCUUGUUGCUCCGUUUCAUCAGAGCAAGAAAAUGGGACUUAAAUAAAUCCAUGACAAUGAUCUCUAAUACACUUGAUUGGAGGGUAAACGACUCCAAGGUUGAUAAGAUAAUCUAUGAAGGUGAAAGAGCAGCCUAUGAUGGUACAAUGCCUGGCUUCUACAAAAAUUUAGAAUUACAGAAAGCUGUUAUUUGUGGUAAGGACAAGGAAGGAAGACCAAUUGUUUGUGUUAGACCGAAGUUACAUCAUUCAAAGGAUCAAUCACUUGAGGAGAUGCAGCGCUACUCAUUGUUGAUAAUUGAACAAGCCAGAUUGUUCUUGAAAGAUCCAGUAGAUACAGCAACUGUUAUCUUUGAUCUAUCAGGUUUUUCUAUGUCCAACAUGGACUAUGCACCAGUGCAAUUUUUAAUAUCCUGUUUUGAGGCUCAUUAUCCUGAAUGUUUGGGUAAGUUAUAUAUUCAUAAGGCCCCUUGGAUUUUUUCUCCCAUCUGGAAGAUAAUUAGAAAAUGGCUUGACCCUGUGGUAGCUUCAAAGAUUGUCUUCACUAAAUCGUCAAAUGAUUUGAAGGAGUUUAUUGCGUGCGACCAAUUACCGGAAUAUUUAGAAGGUAGUAAUCCGAUUAAUCUUGAUACUUAUCAAGAAAUAGCUGCAGAUCAUGACAAUCAAAUGGAAGAUGUGGACACUAAAAAUAGAUUAUUAUCUGAACGAGAACUCAUUAUAAAACAAUUUGUUGAUACAACAAUCAAGUGGAUUGAAUCAUCAAAUGCUACUGAAUCCCAAAAUCUUCUGUACUCAAGAAUAGCAUUAGGAAGGCAAUUGACAGCAAAUUAUUGUGAACUUGACCCAUACAUUCGUUCAAGAUCUAGAUACGAUAUAGACGGAAGUUUGGUUGUAUAA